UUAUCCCAUUCAGCUCCUCCCUUCUCUCUCUCUCUCUCUCUCUCUCUCUCUAGAUCAAUUCUUUCUUCUAUGAUGUGAUUAUCCACCAUAUCUGCGACCUCUUACCUAAAAAGGAUACAAGUAAGAGAUUCAAAGAUGGUUUUCUCAUCUCUUCCAGUGAAUCAGUUCGAUUCCCAAAAUUGGCAGCAGAUGAUUUCAAUUUUGGUCUUUUUUUCUACUUCAAGACUUUUUAAAAAAUUAUUCUUAGUUGAUAAAAACCUUUUUUCUUGUCUUCUCCAAGGGCUUAUGUAUAAUGUUUUUCUUACAGGAUUAAUUUUCUCUUUGCAAGGGAACCAACAUCAGCUAGAAUGUGUCACAACUGACCAGAACCCUAAUAAUUACUUACGGCAGCUCUCAUCACCACCGACUUCUCAGGUUGCAGGUUCGAGUCAAGCUAGAGUGAAUUCAAUGGUGGAACGUGCUCGGAUCGCAAAAGUCCCAUUGCCUGAAGCAGCUCUAAAUUGCCCUAGAUGUGACUCAACCAAUACUAAGUUCUGUUACUUCAAUAACUAUAGCCUUACUCAACCUCGCCAUUUCUGCAAAACAUGUCGUCGCUAUUGGACACGUGGCGGUUCCUUGAGGAAUGUUCCUGUUGGAGGAGGCUUUAGGAGGAACAAGAGAAGCAAAUCCAGAUCGAAAUCUACGGUCGUGGUCUCGACUGAUAAUACUACUAGUACUUCAUCACUUACUUCUCGCCCAAGUUACUCAAACCCUAGCAAGUUUCAUAGCUACGGUCAAAUCCCGGAGUUUAAUUCCAACUUGCCCAUCUUGCCUCCUCUCCAAAGCCUUGGAGAUUACAAUUCAAGCAACACUGGAUUAGAUUUUGGUGGAACUCAAAUAAGCAACAUGAUAAGUGGUAUGAGUUCUAGUGGUGGGAUCUUGGAUGCAUGGAGAAUACCUCCAUCACAACAAGCUCAGCAAUUCCCUUUCUUGAUCAACACUACCGGAUUGGUGCAAUCUUCAAACGCGUUAUAUCCAUUACUAGAAGGCGGGGUUAGCGCCACGCAAACAAGAAAUGUGAAGGCGGAAGAGAAUGAUCAGGAUCGGGGUAGGGAUGGGGAUGGAGUGAAUAACUUAUCAAGAAACUUUUUGGGUAAUAUCAACAUAAACUCAGGCAGGAACGAGGAAUACACAUCAUGGGGAGGUAACAGUUCUUGGACCGGUUUCACCUCCAACAACUCAACAGGCCAUCUCUCAUUCUAAGUACUCAGCACUAGCUAUUCUUGAUGAUUCUUUUGUUGGUUGGGGUGUACAUUGGUGCUUGUCAUGCGAGUUAUUGCUGAGGAAGAUCAAACCAUGCAGCUAUAUCCAAAGGCUAAUUUUGAGGCUCAAAGGAAAGGUAUGGUUAUAAAACUAUCUUUUUGAUCUUUUAAAAGAUCUUCAAAGUGUGAGUAUGUUUAUUGGUUGGCUUCUGGUGAUAUUUAUGUUUUAUUAGAAUUUGGUCUUAUAUAUUGGCUAUAUAUAGAGGUGUGGGUGAUAUGUAUGAAUUCAAGAGUUGAUGUUGGAAACUUUUUUGUGUGUUCAUUGAAUAAUCAUCGAAUUCUCAAUUUCUUGGAGACCCAUUAUGAGACAUUGAGACAUCUAUAGAACAUAUAUGUAAUGUAUAUUAAACGUACUU